UGGCGUAGCCGGCGCCUGGCUUCUGGUCGCGUUGCCCGUGAGUAUCCUGCUUCCGCGCUAGCCUUGCGGCCAUCUUGAGCUCCGCUUCCACUUUCGGCGCCUGUCGGCCCAACCCUUCCGGGGUCGCGCCGUCAGGGGCUUUUCAACCGCCCGUCUCUUCCGGAAAGUCGCCGCCGCCGCCGCCGCCGCCGCGGGAGGACGCCCCUCUAUGGUGGCGAGGCCCGAGGCGAACUAGGACGCCUCCUUCCCGCCAGGAUGGAUGUGACCCCUGCCGCCGCGGCCCGCGCGCGCUGUUCGGGACUGUGGUCUGCCGCCCGCUGCCCAAGCCGCUUCCCUCUGCGGCGCCUCUGCUGGUCGUGGUGUCGGCCCGGGACCCCGUUUCCGCAGCUUGGCCAGGCCGAAACUGUUUAGGCCUCUCCGAAUCCCUCCCAGCCGCCGAGCUCCGCGAGCCUCGCCGUGAGACGGCCCAGAAGAGAGGACAUGGAGCCGGGAGCAGACGGAUCGCGGAAACGGUCAGCCUUUCUGGCGGGCUUCGGCUUCCAGCUGCCCUUCUUCCGUCGGCGCUCGCAACCGGUCUCUUCCAAGUUCCCCACAGCGCCAGUCCUGGAACAUCCUGCCGACCCAAAACUGAUUUCUCCCCAGUCCGAAACUCGAACCGGCUACUGGAUGAGGCUGCUUUUCCAGCUCUUUGCACCACUCCCCAGCUUGCUUCAGAAGCUGCUGAUUUGGAGCCAGCUUUUCGGGGGGAUGAUCCCGACCAGAUGGCUAGAUUUCGCUGGAGGCUACAGCGCCCUAAGAGCCCUUCGGGCAAGGGAGGAGCCAGCCGCCCCCAAGGUGCAGAAAUCCUUGAGUUCUCUGGCACUGGACCCCUCGGACGGCUCGGCUGCCUGCCCCCUUGAUUGGCUGGAGGAGGGGAUCCACUGGCAGUGCUCGCCCAGCGAUCUCGAAUUGCAGCCGAAAGCCAAGGGAAGAGCUUUGGACUCUGCUGCACAGGCUUUUCUCCUGGAGCGGCAGCUGUGGGGGAUGGAACUAUUGCCCAGUAGCCUUCAAGCACGUCUGUUCUCUGACCAAGAACUUGGCUCUUCGCCUUCCGGGCCUCUAAACAUUCAGCGCUUAAGCAAUUUCAGCGUAGUCUCCUAUUUGCUGAGCCCUUCCUAUCUCGACUGCCUGCCCGGGGCAGAGCUCAGCUAUCAGAACAGCUUGGCAGGCGGUGAGCUAGUUGACUUCCAGGCGCUCAGCGCGGAGAGCAGCUGCUUGACUGAGGCUUAUUCUCAUCCCCAGCCUCUAAAUGCAGAAAUCACUGGAGCCUCAUGGCAGGGAUGCCCACCACUCUCUAGAGAAGGCCUGCCGGAAAUCCACCAUCUUCGCAUGAAACGACUGGAAUUCCUUCAGCAGGCUAGCAAAGUGCAAGCGUUACCCACCCCUGACCAAGAUCAUGGCUACCACAGCCUGGAGGAGGAACACAACCUUCUCCGCCUGGACCUGAAACAUGGGGGAGAGAGCUCGACAGGGUUUGUUACUCCUUCUGGAGCCCUUCCCAGAACCACCCAGGAACCCACCGAGGAGAAAAUAGAAUUGUUGACCAAAGAGGUUCCACCUGCUUUGGGAAAACAGGACCUUUCGGAUAACUGUCUUUCUUGUGAGAUACCUAUGGCCAGAGAGCCCACUGAUGAAGACCAAGUAAGUGUAGCUGACUCAGACCUAGAAGAGGACCUCCCCAUUUCGGCCAGGCCAGCAUGCAGUAACAAGUUGAUUGAUUACAUUUUGGGGGGUGCAUCCAGUGACUUGGACACAAGUUCUGAUUCAGAGGGUGAAGACUGGGAUGAGGAAGCUGAGGAUGAUGGCUUUGAUAGUGACAGCUCACUCUCAGAAUCAGACCUUGAACAAGAUUCUGAAGGGCUUCACCUUUGGAACUCUUUCUACAGUGUAGAUCCUUAUAAUCCCCAGAACUUUACAGCAACAAUCCAGACUGCUGCCAGAAUUGUCCCUGGACACCCUUGUGACUCAGAGAAUUUAUUUGACAAAUCUGAUGCAGAGAAUUCUCCUCUGACUGGACGCCUUCCCCAGUGCCCUAGCCCCAAUUCUGGGGAAGAAGAUGACUGGGACUCCAGUGCAGAUGAAGCAGAGAGUCUCAGACUGUGGAACUCUUUCUGUAACUCCGAUGACCCCUACAACCUUUUAAAUUUUAAGGCUCCUUUUCAGACAUCCGGGAACAAGCGGAAAGGCUGUGGUGUCUCAGAGAGGUCGUCUGAGUCCACUGUGGCCAUUUCUGAGUGUCACACUGUACAUUCCUGUAAGGUUCAGCUAUUAGGGAGCCACGAAGGUGAAAGUUCGGACUUGGUACAGGGUGGGGUUCUUUCUGGAGAAAGACACGUGCAUAUCAAGAGAAAAAAGGUAACCUUCCUUGAGGAAGUCACUGAGUAUUAUAUAAGUGGUGAUGAGGAUCGCAAAGGACCAUGGGAAGAAUUUGCACGGGAUGGAUGCAGGUUCCAAAAACGAAUUCAAGAGACAGAAGAUGCUAUUGGAUAUUGCUUGACAUUUGAGCACAGAGAAAGAAUAUUUAAUAGACUCCAGGAAACAUGCUGCGCAGGACUUAAUGUUUUCAAGCCGUGUUAAAGGUGACGGGACAGCCUCCGGCCUUGAGGCGCUACCUCUUACUUGAGAGGUUUCUUUUACAAACAAAAGUUGGCAGCUGUCCUUUGAUUAUUUUAGAGACUAUGCAACUUGGAUGCAUGGCCUAGUUUGUUUAUGUUUUUUGCAACAGUCCCAUCCAGAAAUAUCCAGGUUUGCAGCCAGGUCCUGAUAAUGGCCUUUAUUUAUGGGAUAUGUUUUUGAAUGCCAUUUAGUUCAUAAGGUGAAAAGUGGACUUUCUAGGUGUAAUUUUGCACUUUCAAAAUUUAUUUUCUUGGGGAACAAUAUUUAUGGGGUUCAAAGCCCAUUUUCAUUUCUAAUUUAUGGGUCCCUGAGUAGACGCUGGACUCGUGUCCUCAUGCCCUCUCCGCAACCUGCAAUUAAUGGACUUUUAUGCUCUUUCUAUUUUUUUCCCCAUCUCAGUAAUUUAUUAGGCACUUCUAUCCUAAGGCUCAGAAAAUCACCUUGUAUAUGUCACCAGCCUACAUCCAUUAUCUUGUGUCACUUUUUUUCCCUCCUCAAAAUGACUGAUUAAAACUGUGUGGUGGGUUUUUAUUGCUUGAUUGAAGUUCUACCUAAGAUAGUUACAAAGACUGCCACAAAACCUGCGUGUGCAGUAUGCUGCUACGGGGAAGGCUGCAUCUUUCUGCCAAAUAGCAUCUAAUAUAUAUUUAAUUUCUACACAAACUGUCCUUUGGUGAGGAAUCUUGUGUGUUGUAGUUUCUGGUUGAAUGGUUCUUUGUAUCUCAACAGGUAGAAAUGGUUGUAAAAGACCCCAGCAAGUAAUAAUUGCAUUGUAGGCUUUUAUUUAUUUAUUUUUAGUUUAAAGGCCUAGAAUUUACCUAAGAAAAGGUAGGCGACAUCUUAGAGUGAUUUGCUUUUGUUAUAUAUACUCUUAAUAUAGAAAACCAGUGUUAUUAAUGUGAUGCCUCAGCACUGUCACUUUCAAAAACCUGUCAGGGUGACACUGUUAGCUUGGAAAACAACAGUUCUGAAUUUUCCAGUUUGAAAUGUAGAAUAAUAGACUUCAGUCACUAUGUCCAAGUUUAUUGUGUGCUGUCUCGAGGAGAGAGGUUCUGACAGGUCUGCAUGCCCGGGAAGCAUUAGAGCGGUAGAUGUAGCAGCUACAAGGUCUUAAUAGCUUUAGCCCCAAAUUUUAUUUGAAGUUUUUGCAGUGACUGGUUGUGCUUGGCUUAUUUAAUUUGUUAGGUUUAUUUAAUUCCGUGCAUCUGUUAGGUCGAGGGAAUGUUAACCCGCCCUGUAAAAGUCCUGUCCUACUCUACUCCACGUGCCUCCUGCCUCAAGCAAUGAAAAGCAGGAGAAGAGAUAACCUCUUAAUUUUGAACUUGCUUCAUUGUGGGAACUAAUUCGUCAUCAGAAGUGCUUGUAGACGUACUACCUCAGUUUUAAUCUACCUGGUCAUUUUAUUUCUGUCUGGUUUGCUCUAAGAACUGCCUCCAGUGUUCCAUGUACUCACCUAAACACAGAGUGCAGCAUCAUAAAAGCUGGUCCGGUGUUUGCAGAGUCCUUAUUCAGUGCAUUUGUGCAUCACCUUAGGUCCUCAGAGAUGCAUUUAGUCUUGGUAGAACACCAUGGAAACAGGAGUUUUAAGCACCAGCUAUGUCAAUUGAAAGAAGGUAUUGUGGCCUUGAAAAGAUCAUUUUGAACAUUCUCUUCAAGGAGCCUCAUGCACGCAUAUUAUUUCGGAGAUUUAGGUUGUGUUUUGAAACCUAGGACCUGCAAAUUUGAAAAUGAUGGGAUAGCUUUACACUCACUGGGUUUUGGAAACUAGUUUCUGAGGAUUCCAGCCUCACUCCCAAAUGAAUAAAUGCUAGGUCAAGAAUUCCCCCACUUCCUGGUCUCCUUUAAAAGAAGUGGUCAGCCAGGCGAUAAGGACAGAAGGGACCAUUUUAAAGUUGGACUGGAGGAGAAAAGCAAAACUCUUAGAAAUGUCAUCCCCAAUUUAGUUUUUAGAGCAAACUUAAAGCCCCCACAAUCAAAAAGAAAAUCCUUGGACGUCUCAUUGAACACUUCACGCGUUCAGAGUCUUGCAGCGGUGCUCGGUAUCCUUGUAGCACGUGAACGCCUCGUUAGACAGGUAAGAUUUCCUUUUCUGAGUGUUGAAAUAUAACACCUCUUCAUCUUUAACUUGAAAUCAAAACUAUCAGAUUUUAUUUUUUUAUAAUUUAAGGAAGGUGAAGUUAGGAACUAGAAGAUUCUCAGUUGGCUUCUACAGAUCCAAUGAUUUACAUGUAACCAAUUUGUUGGAAUUUUAUAGUUAAAAUUAUAUUUGUGUAUAUAACUUAACUAAUCUGUAAGUUGUAAUAAAUAUAUUUGCA